AUGAAGUUCGCGGAACAUUUAGCUGCUCAUAUUACUCCUGAGUGGAGAAAGCAAUAUAUUAAUUAUGAGGAAAUGAAAGCAAUGCUAUACGCUGCUUCAGAACAGUCUCCCUCUGCUGAAGUUGUCGAACCAGAAGUCCUCAAGAGAUAUAAGGCCAAGUUUGAUGAAAAAUUUUUUCAUUAUUGCGAUAAAGAACUUAAAAAAAUAAACACUUUUUACUCAGAAAAAUUAGCUGAAGCUACCAGAAAAUAUGGUAACUUGAAGAGUGAAUUGAGCGAAGCUUUAGAGAAUGAAUACAAAGGAAGAAGAGGAUUUUUCAGAAAUCCACCAAAACUUCUCCAGAAAAGUGACGUUCCUGCUAGAAAACUCCAGGAACUCAAAUUGGCAUUUAGUGAAUUUUAUCUGAGCUUAAUUUUACUCCAAAAUUAUCAAAAUCUCAACUUCACAGGCUUUAGGAAAAUUAUGAAGAAACAUGACAAGCUUUUACACGUCGAGUUUGGUACACGUUGGCACAAUGACAACGUAACAACAUCCCACUUUUAUACCAAUAAAGAUAUUGAUCGUUUGAUCCAUGAUACAGAGAACACAGUAACUAACGACUUAGAAGGAGGCGACAGGCAGAAAGCGAUGAAGAGGCUGCGGGUGCCUCCCUUAGGUGAAAAGCAGAGCCCGUGGACGACGUUUAAGGUCGGCCUUUUUUCUGGAUCUUUCAUCGUUUUGUUGAUUGCUGUUAUACUAUCAGGUUGCGCCUACCUUCCUGCCAAGGGUGAUUGGAAAGUACCCUUACGGCUUUUUCGAUGCCCGCUUCUGCUUGUCGAAUUCAUGUUCCUGAUGGGCAUCAAUGUCUAUGGCUGGAGGUCGUCAGGCGUGAACCAUGUACUUAUUUUCGAACUUGAUCCAAGAAAUCAUCUCUCCGAACAGCACAUUAUGGAAAUGUCAUGCAUAUUCGGAGUGAUAUGGGCUCUGAGUGUUCUUUCAUUUAUAUAUUCUGACGUUCUAGGAGUUCCUGCAUUUGUCAAUCCUUUAGCACUUUUAAUAGUAAUGGCUGCCUUUCUUCUUAACCCGACUAAAACUUUGAGGCAUGAAGCAAGAUUUUGGGUUUUAAGUGUUUUGUGUCGGAUCGUCCUUUCACCAAUGUUUUACGUCAACUUUGCGGACUUCUGGUUGGCCGACCAGCUCACUAGCUUGAUACCAGCAUUUGUUGACUUAGUGUUUUUCAUUUGCUAUUAUUCGAGGAUUGAAAACUGGAAUACAGCUACAGAUUCUCAGGUGUGCUUGCUGUCUAACUGGCAGUACGUGAGGUUCUUCGUUGCCUGUAUGCCAGCCUGGUUUCGAUUCGCACAAUGUUUGAGGCGUUACAGAGAUACAAAAGAGGGCUUCCCUCAUUUAGCUAACGCUGCCAAAUACGCUACAUCAUUUUUUGUUUUAACUUUUUCUCACUUAUAUCAGGCAACUAACAAAAGUUCUAACAUUUCUGAAAACCCAUACUUCUACCUUUGGAUAUUCGCUUCAAUAAUUAGUACUUGCUACGCUUAUACUUGGGAUAUCAAAAUGGAUUGGGGCUUGUUCGAUAGAAAAGAAGGAGAGAACAAGUUUUUGAGGGAAGAAGUGGUCUACUCUUCAAAUAUGUAUUACUACUUUGCUAUAGUUGAAGACUUGGCGUUGAGGUUCGGUUGGGUCCUCUCGAUAUCUCUCACAGAGAUGGGCUACAUUCACGGUGAAUUGAUGGUUUCCAUUCUUUCACCGCUUGAAGUCUUCAGGAGGUUUGUUUGGAAUUUUUUUCGCCUUGAAAAUGAACAUUUGAACAAUUGUGGAAAGUUUCGAGCAGUUCGAGACAUUUCAGUGGCUCCGAUGGAUUCUUCCGAUCAAGGUAUCAUUCUCCGUAUGAUGGACUCAGAUGAUGGUAUAACCAACAGGCAUAAGAAAAGGCCGAAGAAGAAGGAAAGUAAACCACUCUUGGAUCCUGACGAGUCGACGGACGACCCUGAUAACAUGGUCUGA